AUGUCGUCUAUUCUUACAAGUAAAAAAGUAUCUCUGAAGUUAAAGGGGAAAGUUUACGUAAGCUGGGUGAGGAAUUGUUUAGAUGGCGGCGAAACAUGGCCAAUUAAAGCGACUCACGAAUCCAGAUUAGAAAGAACAGAGAUGAGGAUGAUUAGACGGAUGUGGGGUAUCUCUGAGAGAAAAACUAGCAAAGAAUUGCGAGCAAGAUUGGGUAUAGAAAUGAUUGGAGUGGUAAUGCGACGAAAUAGACUAAGAUGGUUUGGGCAUCUGGAAAGUAUGACAAAAGAUGACUGGGUAAAGAGAUGCACGUUCAUGGAAGUAGGAGGAUCAAGACCAAGAGGAAGGCCCAAGAUAACGUGGACAAAUGUGAUAGCGGCGGGUAUGAGAAGCAUGAAUCUUACAAAUAUUGAUGCUCAGGACCGUCAAAAAUGGAAAAGAAAAAUCAGAGGGAAAACUGGCCAACCCGGGUAA